AUGGCUGCCUCAACAAGCAAGCAAGAAGCACGCGUAAGGUAAGAAAUAUUCGUUUGAAUCUCUACCGUAUUCACAUUUCCUGGUAUUUUAAAAUAGAGAAAAGAACAAGGCAGCAUUAUUCGAAAUUAAUAUUUAUUCAUUUAAAGUUAGGAAAUAUAUAAAAAUCCUCGAAAAAUAGGCCACAAAAUAUAUGUGUUGCUCACAAGCAACAUUGGGUACAAAGUGCAACAUGGAUAUGAGCACAUGUGAUAUAUGUUUUUAUGUUAUUAUUUCAUUUUCAGCGAUAUUUACUUAUAAGUAUUCUGUAAGAUAUUGCAAAACACACAAAUCUAGAAGAACAAAAUGUUAGGAAACCAUUGUCAUUACAUAUUUUGUUUAUAUUUUGAUUUUUUGUGACAUUUCUUACCAAAAUAUAUAUUUUAUUCCUACAGGCAAAGGAUUUUGUUGAAAUUGAUGACAUUUUGGAUACAGUAACAGGGUCUGAUAGCAAAUGUGAUGUUUUGUCGUCUGGAGAUGAGUUGGAUGAUGAUGGUGAUGAGGAUUGGGAGUUGGAUAAUGUUCAAGGUGGUUGUCGUGGCGAUUAUGGUGAUGAUUCAGGCAUUAGUGGUGGUGAGGAUGGUGACGACGAGGGAAUUGUUAGUGGUGAUGGUAGUGAUGACAAUGAUGAUGACAAUAAAGAUAAUGUACCUCUGGCCUGUCGAAAGAAAAGUGAGUCAAAGUAUAAGUUUGAAAAGUGACAACCAUUUGUGUCACGUCCGGUUCCCUCGUUUAUUCCAGAACCCAAAAUACCAGCGCCCGAUGAAAGAAUACCUGUUGCGUAUGUCAACAUGUUUUUGACUGAUGCCAUGAUUGACAAUUUGGUGGAAGAAUUCAGUAAGUAUGCAACCGAAAACACAGGCUCAUGUCCAAAUUUUACCAAAGCAGAGAUGACAACCUACGUUGGUAUUUAUUAA